GGCUAGAGAAGGCCCAGAAUACCUGCAUUCGAAAGAUCUUGGUGGUUUAUCCCGUUCAUCUGUUAAAGUAAUGCUCCACAUGGCCGAUCUACCAUCCAUUAAAGAACGCUGUGCGAUCCUCCAGGCUAAAUACAUACUUCGUUCUCACCAUUUACCAAAUAGUGCUCUCUUCACUUUACUACACCCAUAUGUCAAAGGCCCAUCCAGCAAAUCAACCUAUCUUCGUCUCAGCCGCUCUCCUAUUUGGAACCGAGUCCAACAACAGCAGUCUGUUGAUCACAAAGUCCUCAACCAAUGCAUUCGUGAGUUUCGAACAGAAACCCUACAUGAACUGCAACAACCACACCAGAACUCAAAGUUACUCUCUGCGUGUCGGACAUCCAUCAGCAUAGACCUUAUACUCUGGCACCCGAUGACUAGCGAAGAGCGUAGCCGCUGUUUCCGAUGGCGUCUCGGAUGGCUAUCUGGUGGUCAUUCCAACUUCUGCUUCCAUCAUUCCACCACCAUCAUGACAAAACAACAUGCCAUACAGUGCUUACAGAUGCAUCAACGUCUGAUGAUGUCAAUAUCAAUUCUAGAUCCAUUGUCUAAUCCUAUGAAUCAACUCCCCACCCGUCCCCUCGAUCAGCCGCCACUCGCCAAUCAUGGACCGUCCGUUGACCGGCC